AAGAUCCACCGAGCUCUAAACACCACCUAUGAGGAUGUAGGGAAGGAGCUGAGUGGUAUAGACCAGAGCCCGUCCCCCUGUCUCUCCGACAGCUGCACCCUCCACAGGAAACAGCAGCCCCCUCCCCCCCCAUCUCCCACCCCACCCCUGCCUACCCUCCCUCCUUGCAGAGACAACCCCCGCGCCCCCUCCCCCUCCCAGGAGCCUAAGGAAAGCAAGCAUGUGCACUUUGACCUGGAGACCCUCCAUAGCUACCGUCUCCGCACGCACACAGCCUCCGUGCGGGGCCGGCCUGGGAUGGUGGGCCGGCCGGGCCUGGGGCUGGGGGGCCUGGGGCUCGGGGGCCUGGGAGGUCUGGCCUCUCCUCGGGUUAGCCUCCAGGCUAACGGUGGACCUGCCUCCGCCCUGCCCUCCCCAGGCUUGGUGCUCUGUGCCGUGGGUAAUCGUGCCGCCCAGGCCUCCCUGUGGGAAGGGGAGCUCCAGGAGCUCCAAGGGAGGAUUGAGAUCUUCCGGACCCAACUGAGAGAAGCCCUGGCCAGGAGAGCGGAGAUCCAGACCAGCCUGGAGAGAGAGAAGAGUACCCAGGGAAGGAGAGAGACCAGUCUGGAGAGAGAGAGGGACAAGGAGAGACCACUCCAAACAGGGAACACUCUGGAGAGAGGAAGUGUCGGCCAAUCAAAAGCCCUGGAGAGAGACAGGACCAGCCAAUUGCAAACCCUGAACAAUCAACAAACAGGGAGACUCAACCAAUCGGGUGUUUUGAUUGGUAUUGAGCGAGGGAGAAACAACCAAUUAAACACCAUCAACAGCUUGGAUAGGGGACGAGCCAACCAAUCACAUACCGUCAAUAGAUUGACAGGGGAAAAGAUAAUCCACUCACGUACCUCCACUAGCCUGGAGAGAGGCUGGGUCAACCAAUCAGCAGCUGUUAACAGCACAGAGAAAGGGAGAACUGUCCAAUCACGUUCCACAACCAGCCUUGACAGACAGAAGGCUAACCUAUCACAUGCACUGAACAGUCAAGAAAGGGCAGGAGCCAACCAAUCCAACGCCGGACAAUAGCUUUCAGAUCCUUUAUGAGAGAGACUGAGGAUUCAAACGGACAUGAGAGGGGUCUAGGGUGGACAUGACAAAAUCUCCACAUCCAUGAACGCUUUAGAAUCUCAAAAUAGCCAAUCAGAGGAUUGGCGGGAGGGGCUCAGCCAGCACUUACUGUGGGUAUGACUUUUCAAGAGUUUGUGGGAAGACAUCGUUCAGAGAGACUUCCCAGAAUAUUUGCUGGACACACAUAGGACUCAACACUACAGCUGUGACCCUCCAGCCCCUAGUUUCCUGUCGGGUGUGUGUGUGACCCUAGCCCAGCCGCCUGGCUCGGUGGCCUGGCUCCCAGUGUAAAUGAGAGCAUUUCAACUUUGCUGUGGUGUUAACUGGUUGUGUUCGCUCGCCAUGGUGUCUGUAGGAUAUACCUGUGUGGUGGUUUGUGAGUUGGCCCUGCGCGGCUUCAGAUAUUUACAACCAAAUGAUUCGAUUUGAAUUUCACCCCCCCCUCCUCCUGCUCUUCUACUAUAAAAUGGUAUAUAGAUAUUA